UCGAGGCAGACCGAAGUAGCACUAGGCGGCAAAGCAUUGUCAUUCAUUACUGUACACAUUUCCAACGAGUCGACAAUAAAGCUAGGUGCUUCUCAUUCUAUCUGCAUGCUUAGUGUGUCUUCAUCAACGAGCAACGGAACUUCACUGAUUCGGUACAAGUGCGUAUAGCCAAGAUGGUACCACACCACUUCACCGUCGGUUUAUGUCUUCAUGUGCUCAUGCUGCUUCCAUACCACUCGGUCUUGGCCGGUUAUAAAACUACCAGUUAUGGUAUGCAAGGUGGUUCUAUGACAUAUGGAACCAGUGGUCGGAUCAGCAGCAGUGGUAGUACUAGCAGCAGGAUCGGUGGUGGCAGCAUGGUUGCGCGCUACACCGGCCUGCAACAUCGCGAUCUCCUCGACGACGACAACGGACAUUACGUGUGCUCUCUCCAAGACUGCAUGCCAUACAUCCGCAUGGAAGUCACCAUCGAACUCAGUAUUCAACAGAAACUUGAAGUCCAACGUAAGCGGAGGUUCAUUCGUAAAUGGCGUGGCGAUAACAAGCUCUACCGCGCCUCAGCCAAGAUUCGGCACACCCCUAUAGUCACACUGACCCCAGCACAGCAGUCGCAAAUCCUGUCCCGAUUUGGCAACUACUUCACGUCAGGGGAAGACCUACCACCGAUCACACACGUUGGAGCCAGAGAGAAGCGCAGCGCUGUCAGCAUUUGUCCACGUGUGGAGCAGUGGGAUGCCUUGGUGUUGGGCUUAACGAAUGACGAUGAACUUGUCCAAGUUGUGCAGUUUCCAGAUACGGGCGACACGCAAUGGAUUCUAGAUGAGCGGUGCGCGCAGACUGAAUGCAGCUUCGUAUCUCACUGUGGGUGUACCGCGCAUACUCGUCUGGUUCGAGCCGCCGUCAUCAGCUUCGACCAGUCGGUCGUAGCCGAGAAAUACAUCAAAGUGUACUGCUGUGUGGCUAAGUUUCUCAGCUGAGCCAAUCAACACAAAUUGAGAUCAGCCCUGGUUCUUUACGGAUAUUUCCCUCAGGGUAGGGCUUACAAAAUUAGCACUUACUUCAGAACAUUAUAGUUCGCGGGAAUUCCAGAAGGGACAAAAUUGUGAAUUAUUUUCCAGUUUAUUUUCCUUUUUUAGAAGAUUGUUGGUCGCACUAUUAUGCCUGAAUCUCAAGAAGAUUUGUCUCCAGACGUUUCAUGUUGUAAUGUUUCUUAGGGGCGGGGGAGGCUGGACAAUGAUUAACUGCGCUUAUUUCGAAGAAGAAAAUAAUGUAAUAUUCAUCCUUUUGUGUAAUAUCCUUAAAAAAACGAACUUUGGAGGACGAGAACGUCAACAAAAAGCAGACAAAAAGUCACGCUUAGCUCAAAGUAAUGCAAAUUGUGGGUCGAUUUCGUUUUAAACUGUUCAAAAGUAGCUUAGAAAAUGUAAAAAUGAGCAUGUGCCUGUUUCCUCUUAAUGCAUGAAUAUUUUUUGAAUGAUGCCAAGAUGUUUAGUCUUGAUAUUUUACGUUAAAAAGGCAAAUUAAUUUCUCAACGAAGAGGGUGUCCUUUAAAUUCAUGCGAAAGCGUUGAGGGCACCGUAUAUUUGCGUUAUGUACAUUGUGUUUAAUACUUUGCCUUUACUCGUUUGAAUGUCUUUAAUCGUGUUAUGAUCCAUUACUAACAUAAUCCUUCAAAAACUCAGUAUGAUAGAAGAUUAGCACACUGACUCUGUCAGCAUUUAAAGAUUUUAAACUUAUCAAGGCUUUAAACUUCGAACUUUUGAGAAAUUAUUGGAUUAUUUAGCGAUUUCAUAAGAUUGAAUUUAUAAUAAUUAUAGUUUCCGCUUCAAUAAUCGGUUAAAAUUAACAUAUAUUGCUAAUAAACGCAUUUUUGCCCAAAACGGUUUUCUGAUUUUUAA